AUGCUUCCGUCUGGCAAGAUCGUGAUCCGCGAUAUCGAGCCGAUCUACCCGAGCUCGACAGCCACCGGGUUGGCGUAUACACGCUUCAACGAGGUGUGGACGAAGCUUCGCGCGUUCGAGCUCGUAGAAUACGACCGGGUUGCGUUGGUGGAUUCGGACAUGUUGGUGUUGCACAACAUGGACGAGCUGUUCGGCGAGCCGAACGUGUUUGAUCAUGCAAGUGGGGAGGAGUGGAUUGGUGCUAGUUGGGCGUGCACUUGCAAUCCGAAUCGAAUCGCUACCUACCCCGCUGAAUGGGUCCCCGAGAACUGCGGUUUCACACCUCAAACUCUCCCCACCGCUUCCUCCCUCUCGGACAUUCCUCAACCAAACCCGGACGCCUCUUCAUCCCCUUCGAAACUCAUCAACUCCGGCCUAGUCAUCCUCACCCCCUCCACCUCCACCAUGUCCUCCAUGAUCUCUACAAUCAAUUCCUCCCCUCUAAUCCCCACCUACCGUUUCCCAGAUCAAGACUUCCUCGCCACCUUCUUCUCCACCCCUACCCAUCGUAUUCGUUACCUACCGUACAUCUACAACGCCCUCAAAACCCUCCCCACCGUCCACCCUGCUAUAUGGUCCGAUUCCGACGCAAAGAACAUCCACUACAUCCUCGACAAACCUUGGACCUUAGGUAGACCCCAGGAAAAAGACAAGUAUGCCAAAAUUCACGCGUGGUGGUGGAAGGCUUUCGACAACGUCAGCUCGACAAGAGGUGGGAAAGGGCUGAGGAUCGAGGAUGAGGAUUGGAAGGACUGCGUGGAAAAGUACAUGACUUUGGAGUAA